AGGUGUAAUGGUCAGGUGUCCCAAUACUUUUGUCAAUAUAGCGUUUUUUUUUUGUUUUUUUUUUUCAGUGAAUCAGUUUCUGGUUUGAAUUUCCACCGCUAGGGGUCGUAUGAGGUCCGCAGAUCUUCCGCUCUGCCUGCCUCGCUUGUCCCGCCGCUGUGUGGCUGGAGCAGAGUUAAUAACGUUACUACUGUUGGGUGUAAUUAUAGCGCUCAGCUUUAAGAACAGCACAUGAAUAGCGAAUGAUUCCCUGCAUACAUAUCACAACAUUUGCAUGCAUUAAGCCGGUUCGCCCAGCCUGUCCUGAGGCCCACAAGAGCCCCGCCACCACGUCAACAAGUCCCCCCCUCAGUCCAAUCACACGCUGGCUCAUUAGGUGAUGCGCUUUUCAUCACGGUCAGGUGGAGAGUGUGAUCACGCUUUGGCAGCCAGGGGUUAAAGUCAGAAAUGUCCUGCCGUGUCGCUCCAUAUCGUUUUUUGCGUCAGAUAUAUUAAAAGGAAGUCAGUCCGAGCUUAGCGGGAGGUUCAGAGACAGAGAGGCGGUGAGACAGACUUGGGCCCAGCGGACUUUAAUAGGCAGCCCAGCUACCCAAUCAGGAGAGAGCUUUCAGCGUGAUUUACAGCCGCGGGGACUGAGAGGGGGAGGCGCGAUGCGGGAAAAAAGCAAAUAGCUGAGUGAACAGUGCCAGUAGUGAGUGGAGUGGAGGUGACCGCAGUGAGGGAGCAGGGUGUACAGAGGAGACACGGCCGCAGAAACAAAGACGAGAAGCCUGAAAUGCAUGUUCCGAUGAGGGACCAUCACACAAGACAAAAUGUGUCUCUUCUGUUUUUUUGUCUUGUAUGGAUUAUGACUUCUUUUCCCCCAACUCUGGCUUCAUCACUCCGGCAGCUCCGUGCUUCAUUGGAAUGUGCGCUGUAGCCUCUCCGGGACGCGUCUGAAAUACAAGACAGCGGAGCGGAGCGGAGAACAGGAGAAAAGAGGCUUCCGCGGUCAUUAAAACUCCUUUCAAAAUUAGAAUGCAUCAGUUUUAAUUGGACCCAUUCCUCCGGACGCCUCGCGCAUUUUUAAGACUUUUACGCAUUUUGGAGACUUUUGCCUCCCGACUGAAAUGGGUGAUGGGAAUUGACAUUUUGCUCAUAAAAAGAGGAUAAUACAUUUUAUAAUCUUUUUUUUCUACCCAAGUGCACUUUUUCCGGCGAUGAUUGUGUUUUUGAUUGCCCUGUGCAUCACGGAUGGAGUGUUCUCUCAGAUACGCUACUCUGUGCCGGAGGAGGCGGACCAUGGUACCUUGGUGGGGAAUAUCGCCGAGGACUUGGGACUGGACCUGACCAAACUGGCCUCCCGCCGCUUCCAGGUGGUGCCCAGUUCGCGGACACCGUACCUGGAGGUGAACCUGGAGAACGGCGUCUUGUUCGUAAAUGAAAAAAUAGAUCGGGAGCAGAUCUGCAAGCAAAGCGCCAGCUGCCAGCUCAACAUGGAAGUGUUCUUGGAGAACCCGCUGGAGCUGUUUCGGGUCGAAAUAGAGGUGGUGGACAUUAACGACAACCCGCCCAGCUUCCCGGAGACAGACAUCACGGUGGAGAUCUCCGAAAGCGCCACUCCGGGCACCCGUUUCCCUCUGGAGAGCGCGUUCGACCCUGACGUGGGCUCCAACGCUUUACGCACGUACGAUAUCACCACCAACAACUACUUUUAUCUCGACGUGCAAACUCAAACGGACGGGAACAAGUUCGCGGAGCUGGUCCUGGAGAAGUCGCUGGACCGGGAGCAGCAAGCAGCGCACAGGUACGUGUUGACCGCGGUGGACGGCGGUCAGCCUCCCCGGACUGGCACGGCGCUGCUGGUUGUCAAAGUGUUAGACUCUAAUGAUAACGUGCCGGUGUUUGACCAGUCCGUCUACACGGUGAGCCUCUCUGAGAACGCACCGGUGGGCACGCUGGUCAUACAGCUAAACGCCACCGACCUGGACGAAGGAUUAAACGGGGAGAUCGUUUAUUCCUUCAGCAACCACAUCUCCACCCGAGUAAAGGACCUGUUCAGUAUAGACCCGCGCACCGGGCGCAUCGAGGUGCGCGGAGAGGUGGAUUUUGAGGAGAGCAGCCUGUAUCAGAUCUUCGUCCAGGCCAAGGAUCUGGGGCCAAACGCGGUGCCCGCACACUGCAAAGUGCUCGUCAAAGUCAACGACGUGAACGAUAACGCACCAGAGAUCACCUUCAGCACCGUCACUGAGUCGGUGAGCGAAAAAGCAGCUCCCGGCACCGUCAUUGCUCUGCUCAGUGUGACGGACAGGGACGCGGAGGAAAACGGGCAGAUCCACGUGGAAAUCCUCGGCGAUGUGCCCUUCAAAUUAAAGUCCUCCUUUAGGAAUUAUUUCACCAUAGUGACCGAUGGACCGCUGAACCGGGAACAGGCGGACUCCUACUCCGUGACUGUGGUCGCGCGGGAUAAAGGGACGCCUUCACUUGCUACCAGCAAGUCCAUUCGAGUCCAGGUGUCGGAUGAGAACGACAACUCACCCACAUUUACGCAACCCAUAUAUGAUGUGUAUGUGACGGAGAAUAACGUGCCGGGGGCGUACAUACACGCUGUGACGGCUCUGGACCCGGACAUCGGACAGAACGCGCUCAUCAGCUACUCCAUAUUAGAGUGUGAUAUCCAGGGCAUGUCCGUCAAAACAUAUGUGUCCAUCAAUGAGGAGACAGGCUAUCUGUACGCACUCAGGUCUUUCGAUUAUGAGCAGCUGAAGGAUUUCACAUUCAUGGUCCAGGCCAGUGACUCGGGUACCCCGGAGCUCUCCUCCAACGCCACAGUCAAAAUCAUCAUCGUGGAUCAGAAUGACAACCCCCCCUUGGUGCUGGCACCCUUGGGGAAAAAUGGCACAGCCAAGGAGCCCCUCCCCCGCACAGCUGAGCCGGGCUACCUGGUGACCCGCAUUGUUGCCAUGGACGCCGAUGACGGUGAGAAUGCUCGGCUGUCCUACAGUAUCCAGAGGGGGAACGAGAAUGGCAUGUUCAGGAUGGACUGGAGGACGGGCGAGCUCCGGACGGCGAGGCGGGUGUCGGCCAAGCGAGACCCCCACCAGCUGUAUGACUUGCUGAUUGAGGUGAGAGACCACGGCCAGCCGCCGCUGUCCUCCAGCGCCAGCGUUCUGGUGAUGCUGGUGGACAGCGUGACUGAAGGCCGCGGCGGCGGGAACCGAGGAGGCAUCACCAAGGCCAAAGACGGCACCCUGGACCUCACCCUCAUCCUCAUCAUCGCCCUGGGUUCUGUCUCCUUCAUCUUCCUCCUGGUCAUGAUUGUGCUAGCUGUGCGCUGCCAGAAGGACAAAAAGAUCAGCAUUUACACCUGUCUGACCAGCGACUGCUGCCUGGGCUGCAGCUCCUGCUGCUCACGGCAGGGUCGGGCCCGCAAGAAAAAGCUCAGCAAGUCGGAUAUCAUGCUGGUGCAAAGCGCUGGUAACGUCAGUGGGGCCGGUACGGCUCAAGUCCCCGUGGAGGAGUCAGGGAGCUUUGGCUCCCACCACCAAAACCAGAACUAUUGCUACCAGGUAUGUCUGACUCCAGAGUCUGCCAAAACCGACCUCAUGUUCCUAAAGCCGUGUAGUCCGUCUAGGAGCACAGACACCGAUCACAACCCGUGCGGGGCCAUAGUGACAGGGUACACAGACCAGCAGCCUGACAUCAUAUCAAAUGGCAGCAUUUUAUCAAAUGAGACCAAACACCAGCGUGCUGAACUCAGCUAUCUGGUUGACAGGCCGAGACGUGUCAACAGCUCGGCAUUCCAGGAAGCAGACCUGGUCAGCUCCAAAGACAGUGGUCACGGAGACAGCGAGCAGGGAGACAGCGACCAUGAUGCCACAAACCGAGGCCAUUCCUCUGGCGCUGAUCUGUUCUCUAACUGCACAGAGGAGUGUAAGGCCCUGGGCCACUCCGAUCGCUGCUGGAUGCCGAGCUUUGUGCCCUCCGACAGGCGCCAGGGCCCGGACUAUCGCAGCAACCUCCACGUGCCCGGCAUGGACUCGGUCCCGGACACAGAGGUAUUUGAAAGCCCAGAGCAAACGACUGAUAAGUCAUUCUCCACCUUUGGCAAAGAGACGCCUCUCAGUCACCAACACCUCCACCACCACCUUCUCAAAAAUCAUCCCUUCAGCCACCAGCAAGCCUCCCCAGAGAGGAAAGAGUUGGAAGCAUUUCUGCCCAGCUCCAGAGCACCUUAUAAUCCAGCUUAUUUAACGAGGAAAAGGGUUUGCUAGCUCCUUUCGCGUGGACAUACCGGAGACCGCAUGACUUUGCACAAUCACUCCUCGACGACCAAGGCUAUAAUUUAAAAAAAUAUCAAGUUUUCAACCUAUUUUGCCCUCCUUGCCCCAUCCCUCCUCACCCAACAAAUGAAACAAAAAUGAGAAAACACUCGACUACACUCAAAAUGAGGAAUGACCCUCUUAAGUUACUUUAAGUUUCCUCCUUUCUGGAUUUCCUUGGACCUCUGCUGGGCCAUGGAGGCACCCCACUCUCUGGAUUAGGAGGGUCGACGGGGGGGAUGGAGGUUGGGACGGGUGGGUGCAGACAGGUAGAUGGAUAGCCUUAAAGGAAGGACUCCAUUGUCUCAGCAGGACUGAGAAACUAACAGAGGAGGAGGAAUGACAUUGAUGACAGAGAGAUAAAAAUGGACACUGAUCUCGCUGUCCUUUUCCAGUCCGUGUGCCUGUUUACAGCACUGAUGUAUACAUCUCUGAGGAAGAUAAAAUCAGAUGAGAACUCUCCGUUUGUACCGACAGACAAAUCGAAACAAGAGCCACCUGGAGAAACCGCCACUGAGCCCUUUAGGCGUUUGUACUCACAGAGAGACGCCAAAUUGUACAGGAGAAUCUUUGUGCAUUUCAAAAUGCAAUACCACUGUUUUAGAUUUUUCUAUUCUGUUUGUGUGGUCAGGUGUCUCUAUUCCAAUCUACUUCAAACUUUGUUAGAAAAGAUUGUGGGCAGGAUAUUUUUUUAUUUAUCUUUUAUUUUUUCAUUCUGAGUUGCUUUUUUAUUUUUUAUUUUUUUUUGCUUUGGGUACAGUUUGUUCACCUUAUUGUGAGCUUGGGCAAUGUUUGGCCCACAUUUUCCUGAUUCUGGGACAUCAAGUAGUUUCUAUCAUGUGUAAGAAGUGUUUACUGUACUCUUUUAAAAAAAAAAAAAAUUUCAAGCUGAUAUAAAACUAUAUAUAUAUAAAUCUAUCUAUCUACUUGUUCUGAAGGCGUGCUAUCCGUUUGCUGGGUUCCACAUUCUGAUUCAGAGGUUUGACUCGUGUCUAAGUGCCCCUGAAAAAGGCUUUUUGUUUUUCCCAGAGGGAGACUUAAAGAGAGACAGAACAGCCUUAGCAGAUGUAAAACUCAUUGUUUGACAUUAUUUCAUUGUUUUUGUUCACUUUUGGAUAUUGUUAAAGAUCAUGUCUAUAAAUAAAAAGAAGGUAAUAAUUAAGAUUGAAAUCCGUGGUAAUUCUGUGUCGUUGUAACCAAAACCUUAAGGGGUCAUUUAUAAAGAAACAGAGCAAAAACAAGGCUAAAUGCAAAGGCGUUGUGCACAGUGCAGUGGGAUCCAGUAUACACACAUUACUUUCUCACACAUCACAAAACACACUAAUGUGCCAACAAUAAACUGAAAAAUGAUGAAAUAGAAGCUCUUGCGUCGUUUUAUUUCGAUGCAUUUCCUGGUAGUGCAAGAAACAGUCAGACUCAAGGUGAUCGGAUUGAAGGAAUUGGUUGUUUCCGUGUCCCCCAUAGUCAAGGCUUUAUACCAAAUGCCAAAGUGACAGGGUUUACACAGCGGCUUUCAGAGGAGUCAACCCGCCGUGAGAGCCAAUGCACAUGGUCCAACUCGUAAUAAUAUGCGCCAAUCAACCACCAGAACUCAAUCCGACUUGAAAACUGCCAACAUUAUGCAUUAUUUUGGCACAUUUGUCAGGACUGAACACUGAGACGAUGACAGGCACAAGAGUGAGCGCCGUAGUGUUUUCUUUUUCUUCCCCACCCACAUGAGAUCGAAGCUAAAUGAUCAGAAGAAUUGCUUCGAAUGGUCUUUUAUUGAACAGCAGCAAAACAAACAAUCCUUCGUCAAAGACAUGAACUCCGUCUCUUUCUUUGUCUCUGUCUCCCAAAGACAGAAAAGGUGACGG